AUGAGUCGAGGAAGUGGAGGUGGAUACGAUCGUCACAUCACUAUUUUCUCCCCUGAGGGGCGUCUCUUUCAAGUUGAGUAUGCUUUCAAGGCUGUUAAGGCUGCAGGGAUAACCUCGAUUGGUGUCCGUGGAAACAAUUCUGUCUGUGUUGUUACCCAGAAAAAAGUUCCGGACAAGCUCUUGGACCAGACAAGUGUAACACAUCUCUUUCCCAUCACAAAGUACCUCGGUUUACUGGCAACUGGCAUGACAGCUGAUGCUAGGACACUGGUUCAACAAGCAAGAAAUGAAGCAGCCGAGUUUCGCCAUAAAUAUGGAUAUGAGAUGCCCGUGGAUGUGUUGGCUAAAUGGAUUGCAGACAAGUCACAAGUCUAUACUCAACAUGCUUAUAUGAGACCACUUGGAGUAGUUGCUAUGGUCUUGGGUAUUGAUGACGAAAAUGGGCCUCAGCUUUACAAAUGUGACCCCGCUGGUCAUUACUUUGGUCACAAGGCCACAAGUGCUGGUUUGAAGGAUCAAGAGGCAAUUAAUUUCUUGGAAAAGAAGAUGAAGAACGACCCUUCAUUUACCUAUGAGGAGACAGUUCAGACUGCAAUUUCUGCCUUGCAAUCAGUUCUUCAAGAGGAUUUUAAGGCGACUGAGAUUGAGGUUGGAGUGGUGCAAAAGGACAAGCCAGAAUUUAGAGUUUUGUCGACUGAGGAAAUUGAUGAGCACUUGACUGCCAUAAGUGAGCGUGAUUGA